AUGGAAAAAUAUAAAAAUUAUAAAACAACAGAAGGAGAUAAGCAGGCUGGAUCGGAAUCAGAUGCAAGCCUAUGUAGCGAUGUAUCAAGGACAGCUUCUAAGUCUGGAGGUCGCUCCCGUGGGGCGAAAAAGAGACGUAUUACAAAAUCAAUAUCGUCCAGCGACAAUGAAGCUUUUUUAAAAGAGACGAAUUCUGAGACAGGAAAAGAGGUGACACCAUUAAUGGAUAAUUCUGGAGAGUUCGUAGUGCCAGGGCCUGAGGAAGCUCUUAGUAUGGCUGAGAGGCAAGUGGAACAAAUGGUUUGUGCUGCAAAUCAAAAACGAACUGCCCUGGGGCUACCUAAUUUAGUCGGAGAUGACAACCGUUCGGCAAUGGCUCUCAACCAACAGGUUCUCGACGAUGUCGGAGUCAUACUGAUGGUAGCAGCCAAGUCGAGAAAUCUGAAAGGCACAUUUCAACGUGCCUUAAAGGAUGCUGCCACGUCAAUAAAAACAGUCGUGGAGGUCCUACAUAAGAGGUCAGUGAAUGAAGAAACGGCGAAAUUGCAGGCUGAAAACACCUGCCUGCUCAGUGAAAUAGAGGAGCUUCGUAAAGAGCUAUCUGAAAUCCGGCUUGAAAUGGCGAGGAUCAAUAAAACACCUGCUCCAUCCAACUCCUCAGUGCGAGGAGACAAGGAAAGUGAGGAAUUGAUAAGUUCCAUUAUGCGCAAAGUUGGUGACAUGAUGAAUGCGCGAUUGGAGGCGCUUGAGGAGCGGCUUCUCCCAGAAAAGCGUGUUCGCCCUCCGCUGGCUGCUGAUGUGCGCAGAGAUGUAGUAAAUGAUGCAGACAUACUACGGCGGAAGUCUGAUACAAUUACGAAGGCUGACAAAUACGCCGUAAAAACAAGAAUAGGCAACAAGAAAAUUCCGGCGCUGGAAAUACAAAGAGGAAACAGAAAGGGAAAGGGCCACGAAGGGAGAACAACAGAAAUGGCAACCAACCAGCCAACAGAAUCACGCCCUCAACCUCCUGAGUCCACGGAAGAAGGAUGGACCACAGUAGUGAGAAGAGGUAAAAAACGCAAGGCAGGAACCGUCAAUCCUUCCAAGAGACCAGCAUCUGUGAAACUGCGCUCCCCAAAAUCCGCGGCUGUAGUUAUAACACUGCAGCCCGGAGCUGAAGAUCGUGGCCUCACUUAUGCAAAGGUGCUGACAGAGGCUAGAAAGAAGAUCGACCUUGCUAGCCUCGGUAUCGAAUCUCUGCGGUACCGACAGGCGGCCACUGGAGCCCGCAUUUUAGAGAUACCAGGAGCAACGAGCGGCGAUAAAGCUGACUCCUUGGCUAAGAUAUUAAAGGAGUCGUUGCCUGAGGAGGUGGCCAAUACCCAUCAUUAA